UAUAACCAAGGAGGCUUUAAAAGACCUUUACAGAUGUUCAGUCGAUCCGUUAAAAUGCUAUAGUGGUCAUCACACAACGCGAUGGAGUUUUUAUAUCUACUUACAGUUUUUUUGCACAUUUACAACGUAGCGUCUGAAAUCAGGACAAAUGUAUUAGUAAACAAACUUGCCAAGGUGAGACCUGUAGGUGCCCACGUUGGGAAAAGCUUCGUCCCACUCACAGAGAUUCCUCCUCCUCAUGUACCGCAUUCAGACCACGGACCAGAGGGACAUCCAGACGGGUCUGGCAGAAGACAUUUAAAUGACAACUGUAAUCCGAAGAAGCAGGGCGAGGAUACAAUCGACGGCCCCAGAGUCGAUAUUUUCCCAGAAUAUUACGACGACAAAGUCGCCAAGACUGUCGCCACCGUCAUAUUUCCAGAUCAUAUUGACCAUAAGCACUUUGAAGUGACUACUCAGGUGCCAUAUUUGACAGUUGGUCCGAUCGACGCGAUAGGCUACCACCCCAGUACGAUAAAGAGUGAGCAUCCCAGCGAGUGUGAGAAAAUAUACCAGGACCAUCUUGAUGAGCAAUAUUCUGAAGAGUCCAAGGACUACUCCGAGGAAUCUCUGGAAAUGGCCCGACUUCCACUCUUCCCUGCCAACGACGGAUCAGCAGACGACAAACUGGACAAAUUGUACAGCGACAUAGAUGUUUAGCAUUAACUUCAUAAUUAUUAUGUAUUUAAUUGUAUAUUUUUUAUACUUGCAAUGAUUAAAUUGUUUUUUCAAGA